CAGCAGACGAAGCCUUCAUCAACGCCGUGCAGUUAUUAUGAGAUCUUCCUCAAGAACGAGCGCCUCGCUUCCAUGGUGACUUCCGGUGCCUGCUCCCAGCAUGACCUAAGGGAGGUCUUCAAACACAACGUGGAAAAGAGAGUCAGGUCCCUCCCGGAAAUUGACGGUCUCAGUAAGGAGACUGUGCUCACCUCCUGGAUGGCCAAGUUUGACAUGAUAAUUAAAGCAGGUGAAGAAGACAGCAAGAGGCCAGGUCGGAUGCAGCAACCGCUCAACAGUGAGCUCAUUAUGCCUAAAGAGCAACUCUUUGACAUGUUUCAGCAAAUCUUAGGCAUCAAGAAAUUUGAGCACCAGCUGCUGUUCAAUGCACUUCAGCUGGACAGCCAAGAUGAACAAGCUGCAGCUAUCCGGAGAGAGUUGGAUGGACGCAUGCAAAAGGUUGCAGAACUAGAGAGGAAUCGCAAGCUGAUGCCCAAGUUUGUGGUGAAAGAAAUGGAGUCCCUUUAUCUGGAGGAGCUUAAGACUUCAAUAAACCUCUUGAUGGCCAACCUAGAGAGUCUUCCUGUUUCAAAAUGUUCACAGGAAGGCAAAUAUGGGUUACAAAAACUCAGAAAGUACAAUCAUAGGUCAGAUGGCAGCUUGGAAAAUCUAAGUCUUAGUAGACGUAAAAGAUACAAAGUUUUCGAGUGCCUGUCCCCAAGAUUAAGCAGGUCUCAGAGCUCGUUAAGUGGCCGCGAUAGUGACAGUAUGGACAACGAAGUGACGCUUUCCAAGAUGGAUGUUGUCCUGUCCUUUGCUCUUGAGGUGCUGGUGAUGGAGGUGCGGGAGAUCAAACAUCUACCACCAAACAGAAUAGUUUACUGCACGAUGGAGGUGGAGGGUGGAGAAAAGCUUCAGACUGACCAAGCAGAGGCAUCAAAACCAAUGUGGGACACACAAGGGGAUUUCACAACAACACAUCCACUACCUGGUGUCAAAGUAAAGCUGUAUACAGAAUCAGCAUCUAUGCUUUCCCUAGAUGAUAAGGAACUAGGCAAGGUUGUUCUACAUCCCACAGCCAUGUCAUCCAAGGUACCUGAAUGGUACAAGAUGCAAGUUCCAAAAAAUUCACCUGAAAAUAAUCUUAGAAUUAAGAUUGCUGUCAGAAUGGAUAAACCACAAAACUUAAAACAUUGUGGCCAUCUGUAUGCUCUAGGGAAGAGUUGCUGGAAAAAGUGGAAGAAACGGUAUUUUUGUUUAGUACAAGUGUCCCAGUACACAUUUGCCAUGUGUAGCUACAGAGAGAAGAAAAGCGAACCCACGGAGAUGAUGCAGCUGGAUGGGUAUACAGUGGACUACAUUGAGGCAGUGUCAGAUCUAGAAGGUGGUAGAUUUUUCUUCAAUGCUGUAAGAGAAGGAGAAUCAAUACUUUAUGCAACAGAAGAUGAAAAUGAGUCUCAUCAGUGGGUGACGGCACUAUACCGGGCCACAGGACAGGCCCACAAGCCCACCCCUCCUGUUAUGCCUCAGGGGAAAAAUUCUACUUUAUCAAAAAUUCAAGGAGAUGCUGACAAGGCCAAGAAACAUGGAAUGGAUGAAUAUAUUGGUGCAGAUCCUGUCAGAUUUGAUCACCACAACCUUUUUAGAAUUCUACAAGGGCAAACACUAGAAUAUCGUCUUGUUGAUCCAUAUUGUUCUUUAGGAUGGUUCAGUCCUGGGCAGAUUUUUGUGUUAGAUGAGUACCAGGCUCGAUAUGGUGUGAGGGGAUGCUACCGACACUUGUGUUGUCUGGAGGAUCUCCUAGAUCGUGCUGAGAAGGGCCAGAUGAUUGACCCAACCCUAAUUCACUACUCCUUUGCCUUCUGUGCCUCCCAUGUACAUGGGAAUAGUCAUCAAGCAUUAAGCCCCGCCGAGGAUGGGACAGUGUCAGUAGGACCUGAUGGUGUGGGGACCGUCCUGGCAGAAGAGAAGGAGCGCUUCCAACACAUCAAGGAGAGACUAAGAGUCUUACUUGAACACCAAAUUACAAAUUUUAUGUAUUGUUUCCCAUUUGGUCGACCAGAAGGUGCCCUUAAAGCCACAUUAUCUUUACUUGAACGGGUGUUGAUGAAGGAUAUAGUUACUCCAGUUCCACCUGAAGAAGUGAGAGGCAUGAUUAAGAAGUGCCUAGAAAAUGCUGCUCUCCUCAACUACACUCGUCUCUCAGCAGAAACCAGAAUUGAGGGUGGUGAAUCAACCCUUCAAGAGGAUCUAAGUGGUGAGAAUGCUGUGUCAGCUAGCAGGAAAUUGGAUGACCUAAUCCACCUGGCAGAGCUUUGUGUUGACCUCUUGCAGCAGAAUGAAGAGCACCAUGCUGAGGCAUUUGCAUGGUUCAGUGACCUUUUAGUGGAGCAUGCAGAGAUCUUCUGGUCCCUGUUUGCUGUGGACAUGGAUCAAGUAUUAGCAGAACAACCCCCUGAUACCUGGGACUCCUUCCCACUCUUCCAGAUACUAAAUGACUACCUAAGAACAGAUGAUAACCUAAAAAAUGGACGGUUUCAUCAACACCUCAGAGAAACAUUCGCUCCAAUGGUUGUUCGAUAUGUGGAUCUGAUGGAGUCUUCAAUAGCCCAGUCCAUCCACAAAGGCUUCGAGAAGGAACGGAAUGGGUGUGCAACCUCCGAGGAUCUAUUCUGGAAGUUAGAUGCCUUACAGUCUUUCAUUCGAGACCUUCAUUGGCCAGAUCAUGAUUUUGCCAAACACCUUGAACAAAGGUUAAAGUUGAUGGCAUGUGAUAUGAUUGAGUCCUGUAUCACAAGGACAGAUCAAGCCUUCCAACAGUGGCUGAAAAAGGGUACCGGCUUUGUCUCCACAGACUAUGUGCUCCCAUCUGAAAUGUGUGCCAUGGUCAAUGUUAUUCUUGAUGCCAAAAAUCAGUCUUUCAAACUGUGUGCAGUGGAUGGGGUAGAUGUGGUAAGGAAUUUUUUUAUAUGUUUCCUUGCUUUUGUCUGUAAUGAGUAUUGAUUUUUUUUUACUUGUUUGUUGCAAACACAAAGCACUUAUUUUUCAUUGUAGUUAUCAUCCUGCAUAAUACACUUCUCAAGAUGA